CGAAGAUCGCAAAGUUUCAGUUGAGAGCAAAGCAGGAGAAGCACUCGGCAGAGCAUGGAGAAAGGACUGCUUUUGUACCUAAACGGAGAGCGUGUGCUCGCGAAGGAUACACAGCCUGAAGAAACCCUUCUGGACUUUCUUCGCGUCAAGCAGCGCUUGACCGGUACGAAGUUGGGCUGCGGCGAAGGAGGUUGCGGAGCAUGCAGUGUGAUCGUUUCCAGAGUGGACCCGACAACACAACAAGUGACCCACAAAGCCGUCAAUGCUUGCUUGACACCAGUGUGCGCCGUCGAGGGCUGCGCGAUCACAACGGUGGAAGGGUUGCGUCAAAAGACCCUGCAUCCCGUGCAAACAGCGAUCGCCGAGCAACACGGGUCACAAUGUGGCUUUUGCACCCCCGGUAUUGUGAUGGCACUGACCGCCAUCGUUCAGGACGAUUCCGUCACCAUGGAUGGCAUCGAGCAUCAACUCGACGGGAAUCUCUGUCGGUGCACGGGGUACCGUCCCAUCUUGGACGCCGCGCGGUCUUUUGGCAGCGACGCGUUGACAUUGAAGUGCGGGUCGUCCGCAUGCGACCAGCAUUGCAUGACAGGAGAUAUCGAGGACAUUCUGUCGGUGGACGUUGUUUCGUGCAGCGCCAAGAAAAUCCGGGCUGAAGCAGCCAAGCACCUCAACACGCCGCGCAAACUACCACCGAUUCCCGACGAGCUAUUUUCGUAUGCGACGACCAUGGCCCAGUCACCGACAACCAUCCACGGCACGACUCGCACGUGGCAUCGUCCGACGUCGUUGGUCGAGCUCCUGCAUCUGAAAGCAUCGCACCCCGAGGCCAAGCUCUCGGUCGGUCACUCAGAGCUUGGCAUUGAAGUCAAGUUCAAGAAAAUGAGAUAUCCGCACUUGGUUGCAGUGACGCACGUCCCAGACCUGCAUAUACUCGGUCUCGUUCAGUCUCCGUCCUUCCACGGCAUCCAAGUCGGCGCCGCGGUGCCACUGGUCCGACUCGCGAACUUUUGCAAGACCCACGUGGUGAAGAAGACCAACGCCGCUGUAUCCCCGCACCAGAAGCGAACGUUUGCCGCCAUCCGCCGCAUGCUCAAGUGGUUCGCCAGUGUCCAGAUCCGCAACGUGGCGUCUCUGGGCGGGAAUUUGGCCACGGCCAGCCCCAUCGCCGACAUGAACCCGCUGCUGGCCGCCAUGGGCGCCACCGUCGAAGUGGCUUCAGCCGACCAAGGUACCCGCGUCGUGGCCGUCUCCGACUUUUUCGUGGGCUACCGUCGCGUGGCGUUGGCGCCGUCGGAAGUGAUUGUGCGAGUGCUCAUUCCGCUGGCCAAACAGCACGAGUUUAUCUUUCCAUUCAAGCAAGCCAGACGUCGAGAGGAUGACAUCAGCAUCGUCACGGCCGGCAUGCGCGUCCUCCUGGCUCCGUCGCCACGCAACGAAUGGCUCGUCGAGGACAUUUCCCUUGUCUACGGGGGGAUGGCUGCUACGGUCAAGGUGCCCGUGGCCACACAACGAGCACUGGUCACGUCCAAGUUGUGGAACGUCGCCAACGUCAAGGCAGCAUGCAACGUGCUGGCGGAUGAGUUGGCGCUCCCGGCCUCCGUCCCUGGAGGCAUGUCGGCGUACCGCACGACCUUGAGCGUGUCGUUCUUGUACAAAUUUUAUCUCCAAGUGGUCGAAGCGUUGGGCCACGAGAACCCCCAGGACCCUCUUUGGUUGGCACUCGACGCCCGGGAACGAUCGGGGGCGACCUCGUACAUGAGUGUCCACCGCCCGCUAUCCUCUGGCGUCCAGCGCUUCGGCGUCGACAAGGGUGGCCUGAUGACGUCCCAGUUGAAGCCAGUGGCGGGCGACGACGUCCGGGCGCCGGUGGGCAACCCCCUCAUGCAUCGGUCCGCAUAUGGCCAAGUGUCGGGGGAGGCCAAGUACGUCGACGACAUGGCCGACGUGCACAAUGUCGUGCAUGGGGCACUGGUGCUCUCGACGGUACCCCACGGAGACAUUGUCGGCAUCGACGCAUCCACGGCGCUGAGCAUGCCGGGCGUCGUAGCGUUCCUCGACGCGACUGUUUUCGACAUGGAGUCAUUCGGAGUGAAUGCGAUGGGACCUGUGAUCACCGACGAAGAGUGCUUUGCGUCGAAACGGGUGGUCACGGUCGGCCAGCCCCUCGGCAUCGUCCUUGCCGCUACACAUCAACAGGCGGUAGCCGCCGCGGAAUCGGGGGUGCAUGUCCAGUACAACGUGCUGCCGUCUAUUGUGUCGAUGGACGAAGCCAUCGCGGCCCAGUCGUUUCACACCAACGGCCGUUCUCUCGUCCGAGGUGACGUGGACGCGGCGCUCGCAGCCUGUGACGUGGUUGUGGAAGGACAUGUGUACAUUGGCGGCCAAGAACACUUUUACCUCGAGACGAACGUGAGCUACUGCGUACCCAUGGAGGAUGGCGCCAUGCAUGUCACGAGCUCGACGCAGGCGGUUGCCAACACGCAGACGACCGUCGCGCACUGCCUCGGGGUGCCCGCGCACAAGGUGGUCGCGUCCAUCAAGCGCAUGGGCGGCGCGUUUGGCGGCAAAGAAACUCGAUCCAUGUUUGUGGCGUGCGCGGCGGCGGUGGCGGCCAAGGCGUUGAAGCGACCGGUGCGGCUGCUCGUGGAGCGCAAUGUGGACAUGCUGACCUCUGGCACGCGCCAUCCGUACUUUGCCAAGUACAAGGCGGGCGCGAGAUCGGACGGCACGCUGGUCGGAUAUGACGUCGAGUUAUUCAACAAUGCCGGGUACUCGCUCGACCUGUCGGAGGCUGUGAUGGACCGCGCGUUGUUUCACUGUGAAAACGCAUACUUUAUACCCAACCUCCGAGCCGUGGGCAAGUGCUGCAAGACGAACUUGCCCACCAACACUGCGUUCCGAGGGUUUGGUGCCCCACAAGGGAUGAUGGUGGGGGAAACCAUGGUGGAACACAUUGCAAACGCCCUGAAACUACCGUCGCGAGUCGUGCGCGAGAAGAACUUGUACCAGGCCAACAUGCGGACCCACUAUGGCCAAGUACUGACGGACUUCCACUUGGACGCGUUGUGGCACCGCGCGAUGCGGGAGAGUCAGCUGGUCGAGCGCGAAGCGGACGUGGCGGCGUUCAACCGGCAGCACAAGUGGAAAAAGCAGGGGCUGUGUAUCCUCCCAUCCAAGUUUGGGAUCAGUUUCACCAAUCGAUUCAUGAAUCAAGGCGGCGCACUUGUGCACGUGUACACGGAUGGGAGUGUGCUCGUAUCGCAUGGGGGCACGGAAAUGGGCCAAGGGCUCCACACCAAAGUGAUUCAAAUUGUCGCCAAGGCGUUUGGUAUUUCAUGCGACGACGUUUCGAUCCAUGACACGUCCACGGACAAGGUGGCCAACGCACAGCCGUCGGCGGGAUCCAUGAGCACCGACUUGUACGGCAUGGCGGCUCUGGAUGCAUGCGAGCAGAUCCUGGCGCGGCUCGGGCCUGUCGUGGCCAAGCUCGGACCGACUGCCGCGUUCGCAGACGUGGUGCGAGCCGCGUACUUUGAUCGCAUUUGCCUCUCGGCGCAUGGGUUUUACAUUGUUCCGGGCGAAAACUGCGGCUACGACUGGUCAAAGAGCAGUGAUGAAAACAGCGCCACUGGUCAAACGUUCAACUACUUUACGACAGGGGUGUGCGUGACCCAAGUGGAGCUGGACGUACUCACGGGGGACACGCACAUGCAGUCGGUUGAUAUUUUCAUGGACGUGGGGGCGUCGAUCAAUCCGGCCAUCGACAUUGGCCAGAUUGAAGGCGCGUUUAUACAAGGGUUUGGGCUGUUUUGCAUGGAGCAGCAUGUGUGGGGGGAUGCCAACCACCCGUGGAUUCCAAGAGGCGCGUUCUUCACACGUGGACCCGGCACAUACAAAAUCCCCGCCUUCAACGACGUCCCUCUCCAGUUGAACGUGUGGCUCGAGCCCAACAUGAAGAACAAGCUGGCCGUGCACUCGUCGAAGGCCAUCGGGGAGCCCCCGCUCUUCCUCGGGGCCACCGCGUUCUUUGCCAUCAAGGCCGCCGUCGACGCCGCGCGACUCGAACAUGACUCAGAAUUGCUGCCGCCAACAUUUCACGCGUUGGAGUCGCCGUUGACCCCUGAGCGAGCCCGUCUGGCCAUCCGGGAUGCCUUUUGUGCAUCGUCGGUUGCUCCUUAUGGUUGUUACUAGCAGCCGUAGGCUUUUAUCUUUGUAUAUGGCAUGUGUUAGUUAUUGAGUGUAUUAUGAGGCACUAAUAAAUACGAUAAUAUUCGACGACUUCUAAACAUAUUUCAGGCAAACUUUUCGGAAUGGUACUCGAACCGGGUGCCGUUGCUCGUGUGUUGUCGACAUAGCCGGUCCAGCUCGACGUCAAUGAUAUGGGGGCCACAGAAGAAGACGCCGAUGGUCUCGCCGACAUGCGUCGACGCAAUCUCGUGAAAGAUCUGGUCCCAUUUCGGCCGCCCAAAGUGCGUCAGCUGGCCCGUGUGCAGGCCCGACACGACGUCCGUCCCCGUUUCUUUGUGCACCAUGGCCUGAAACAGCUUCAUAAACUCAGGGGUGUCAUGCUCCUUGACGCUGGUCAGGUGCUGAUGCGUCUCAAACAUGUUGUCAUCGUCCAGCGCAUGCAAAUCGUUCAUCGUGUCUUCGAACCACCGCAGUGAGUCUUGUUGGCGCGUGGUCCAAUGAAAGUAGAGCUUUUCCAAGUGAAAGUCGGGGCACACUCGGCCGCCAGCCUUCCGGCUGCGCAUCUCGGUCACCACGUCCUUGAGCACGGACGCAAACGGAGUCACGCCAAUGCCCCCCCCGACCAUGAGGAUGGUUUUGUACUGGCUGUACGCCUGCGUGGGGGCCCCCACAGGUCCAUCCAAAAACAGAGCGGGAAACUGGCCUUGGUCAAUCAAUUCGUGGAGGCGACACGUCCAAUCCCCUGCGUUCCGAAUGUGCAAAC